AAAAAUUUCGGAAGAACAUAAAAUUACCAAAUACCAGAAGAUAAUUCAUCAGGAUUUUGUCGGAUUUUCCGUUCGAUUUACGUUCGAACAGAGGGAAGAAUUUUCCACUUUCCUCCAAAACAAAUUUCUUGGUCGGGUCACGCAUUCUUCCACCGCAUAUAUGAAUGUGUGUGUAUAUGUAUAUAUACACAUAAUGCAAUUGCGCAUUCAAGAAUUUAUCCAUGGGUGUAUAUUCGACAUUCCCAUUUCUAGGUUUUCGUCCGCCUCUGUGGCGCGUGCAGUUCUCCCCUCCCAAUUCUCAUGCGUAAUUUUGAGGUGGGCAGACAAGGUGUUUGAUUAAAUGUCCAUGUGAGAGCUGUUCUUCAGAAAGAAAAAAAUAAAUAAAUGUUUGAUCUUUGGACAUGUUUUAAGGAGGAAAUAAAAAGGGGCUUUUGGUUUUUGUGUCUGUUUCAUUCUUCGUCUGGUGCUAUGAGAAGCAUUUUGCUAUACCUUUGGGGAAGAUGAGGAUUCAAGAAAAGAUAAUCAUCAGCAGGAAUUGUUGUUUUAUGGUUAUUGUUCUUCUGCUCUCGAUUAUGGUGGUUAUGGGUGUCGAAACCGAGCUGAACGAGGAAGAACAAGAACCCUUGUCGGCUUGUCUUUUCGACUCGGGGGAGAUAAAUCAUGAGAUGGCCGAAUUAUUGCGGGCAAACUGCACACGUGCGUUAUUACAUGCCAACAAAACCUUAAAAGAUCUCGAUUCACGUUUCUCAGAGGACAGGUCGUCGAGUGACAGCGAAGAGGAAUUCUCGAAAUGUAGGUCGUCUAGAAAAGAACUGCACGACAAUCCCAAUGCAUUGUGCCCCCAUGUCAAACAAGUCCUUCUAGAUUGUUCACGUCAAAAGAAUAUCCUUCUCCCUAUUAAUCGGGAGAAUGAAUAUUCUUCUUCUAGAAGGCGCAAAUUAUCCCAAAAAACAACUGUAGAAGAUUCCUCUCCAUUGCAAGCCAUUAUUAUUGCAGUGGCUGUAACUGCUUGUGUCACAUUUGCUAUUGCUUUGCUUCUCUUUUGUUGGUGUUUUGGAGUUAAUCCCGGAAGGGGUAAAAAUGACGAAAAACCCCUUCUCAGCUUAAGCUUAAGUGGCAAUUCCAACAUAUCUUCACAGAAGUCUUUCAGUCUCGGAAACUCAAUGAAUGGAGAAAAGCUUCGUAAUCAGUCUUUCGGGAGCAAAUAUGCAGAGUCUCAACAUUCUCUUAGCAAUAUAAAAGUCGAUAUUCCACUUGCCGCCGCCACCUCAGCAGAAAAUCCGCCAUCUAGCAUCUUUGGUCCGAACGGCCUUCCUCCUUUAAAGCCGCCUCCCGGAAGGAUAGUUCCUCCUAAACCGCCGCCACCUGUGGUGGCUCCUCCCCCUCCUCCUCCUCCACCUCCUCCUCCCUCUCCUCCUCCUCCUCCGCCAGUUGUGGUGGCGGCGUCUCCUCCACCGCCACCACCACCAGCUCCUGGAGCACCACCACCACCACCGCCGCCGCCGCUGAGAUCUAGUGGCGGCCCACCACUUCCCCUGCCGCCUGGACGUGGACCGCCACCACCUCCACCACCUCUAAAAGCUGGCCCACGUCCACCGCCACCUCCGCCUGGGGGCCCACGUCCACCGCCACCUCCGCCUGGGGGCCCGCGUCCGCCGCCACCUCCGCCUGGGGGCCCACGUGGGCCGCCACCUCCAAAUGGGGGGCCACCUCCGCCCCGGCCGCCGCCACCUGGGGCCGGCCCGAAACACCGGAGGAAUGUACCGCCUGCGCCAAAUCACCCGUUGAUUUCCACCGACGCUUCCAAAGCUAAGCUAAAGCCUUUCUUCUGGGACAAGGUAUUGGCCAACCCCGACAAUGCGAUGGUGUGGAACGAGAUCAAAGCCGGGUCGUUUCAACUCAAUGAAGAAAUGAUGGAAAGUCUGUUCGGAUACUUACCACCCGACCCAUCAAAAACCAGUACAAAAAUAGGCUCCCCUUCUCAAGAUUCUUCGAGAAAGUUCAUUCAAAUAAUAGAUACCAAGAAGUCACAGAAUCUUUCGAUUCUGCUCAAAGCAUUAAACGUGACUACGGAAGAAGUUUGUGACGCACUGGAAGAAGGUAACGAGCUACCUUCGGAACUUAUUCGGACAUUGUUGAAGAUGGCCCCCACUGCAGAAGAAGAGUUGAAGCUGAGGCUAUACAACGGCCUGCCUUCUAACCUGGGCCCCGCGGAGCGGUUUCUGAAAGUACUCGUGGAGAUUCCGUUCGCAUUCAAAAGAUUGGAUUCUUUGCUCUUUAUGUGCACUCUUCACGAGGAAACGUUAACGUUAAAAGAUUCCUUUAUGGUCUUGGAGGCUGCUUGCACUCAACUCCGAAAGAGCAGACUCUUCAUGAAACUUCUAGAAGCAGUCCUCAAAACAGGAAACCGAAUGAACGAUGGAACCUUCCGAGGCGGGGCCCAAGCGUUCAAGCUCGACACCCUCCUAAAACUAUCCGACGUGAAAGGAGUGGACGGCAAAACCACGCUCCUCCACUUCGUCGUCCAAGAAAUAAUCCGGUCAGAGGGGAUCCGGGCUGCCCGAGCUGCCCGAGAAAUGAGGAGCAUGUCGAGCUUCAAAUCGGACGACCUAAUCGAGGACGCCGCACAAGAUUCCGACGAGAAUUUAAGAAGCAUCGGCCUCCAAGUUGUCUCCGGUUUGAGUAGUGAGCUCGAAAACGUGAAGAAAGCCGCGAUUUUGGAUGUCGAUGGAUUGACGAGCAACGUGGCGAAAUUAGGCCACGCGCUUAUAAAGACGCGGGAUUUUUUGAAUUUCGAUAUGAAGGAUCUGGGGGAGGAGAAGGGGUUCAAAAGGGCUUUGGAGAGUUUUGUGGGGUCCGCGGAGGCGGAGGUUAUGGGGUUGCUCGAGGAGGAGAAGAGGAUUAUGAGGUUGAUGAAGAGCACGGCGGAUUAUUUCCAUGGGAAUUCGGGGAAAGACGAAGGGUUGAGAUUGUGUGUGGUUGUGAGGGAUUUUCUUGUUAUUUUGGAUAAGGUUUGUAAGGAGGUGAAGUGUGUGCCGAAGAAGGGGGGAAGUAGGAAAGAGAGUAGUACGCCGCCGGCAGUGGCGGCGGUGGUGGUGCCGCCACCACCGCCACCGGAGAAGCGGAAGGCAUCGCCGGAGAAGCGAGAGGCGUCGCCUGAGAAGAGGAAGGCGGGCCCCGCGGACCAUAGACAUCUUCUUUUUCCGGCCAUUGCCGAUAGGAGAAUGGAUAGUUCGAGUUCGAGUUCGAGUUCGGAUGAUGAUUAGUACUAGUUUUGUAUUAGUAUACACAUUGUACUGUAUUAGAAAUGUGGGAGUUUUUGGAAAUCCCAAGUUUGUAACUUCUUUGUCAUUAUUUUUAUUUUGUAUGCCUUUUGAUUAUUUAGAAUUAGGUAGUAAAUAAUGUAAAGAUCUGCUCUUUUUUUGUGACAGUGUACAGAAAUGAUGGAAUUUCGAAAUUUUCGUGACUUGUCGAUGUA